UAAUUAUAUUUUCCAUCUAAAUGUCUGUCUUCCUGGACAUAUUAUAUUUUUAGUUGUCCAAUUUCAGAAGUCACCCAGCCGAAUUGAAAUAAUAAUCAUCAUUAUCUAGAACCGGACUGUCGGGUGUCGUACCCAUGACAAUGAAACACAUUACUUUUUUUGUAACUCAUAAGGUCAAGACGUGCACGCUGAUAAUGACAGACAGACGAAUCCGACGUUGGUGGGUAUAUAUUACCUAUUCAAAAAAUCGAAAGUAUAUUCUAUUGUAUGUACAUAUAUAUAUCAGAUAGCUGUUGACGGUCGGGCAUCAGUAGAUCCAAGUUUGUCGUCGAACAUUACUUUUUAAUAUAAUUUUUUUUUACCGCGUGAACGAAAACCACUGCAACGUCGGCCCGACAAACACCAUACAAUAUACUAUCAUGGCUAUGAUGAGACGUGACACCGUUUUGGUCGUCCUGUGCUUUCUGGUGUGCGCGAUUUCCAAAACGACACGAUCCUCUGCGUCCGUUGUCAAAUUACCCAAAGGAUUCAUAGCAUGCAAAAAAGAUGAUCCUAACGUCAACCCGUGUAUUCAACAAGCCCUUCAAACAGCCGUACCACAUUUAGUCAAAGGAGUACCGAGUUUGGGGCUUAUACCAAUUGAUCCUUUAAUAAUAUCGCAUAUGGAUAUUAACCAAGGUACAUCUGAUGGUCCCUUGGAUAUAAAACUAAGCUUCAAGGAUCUUUAUAUACAUAACAUUGGUUCUAUUAAGUUAACAUCAAUGAAAUCAAGUAUAACUAAUUAUACAUUUAAUCUCAAAGCCGAUUUUGAUGAACCACUUGUACUCGAAGGCAUGUAUAAAAUACAAGGAAAAAUUAUCAUUCUACCAAUAAUAGGUGAAGGAAGAAGUAAUUUAACAUUAGCUGGAUUAAAAGUAUCAAUUAAUACAAAUGGUAAACCAAUUACGAGAAGAGGGGAUGUAUACAUGGAAUUAGAAUCUAUGGAAUUAAAAUUUAGUACAUCAAGACUUUAUAUACAGCUAGAUAAUUUAUUUAAUGGAGAUCAAGUAUUAGGAAAUAACAUGAAUAUGUUCAUGAAUCAAAAUUGGAGGGACAUUUUGAAGGACCUUCAACCUGCAUUUGAAUCAGCUUUAGGAAUGGCAUUUCAGUCAAUCACUCGUCAGUUUUUCCACAAAGUACCAUAUAGUAAAAUAUUCAACUAACUGAAAUACAAUUUUCUUUCUAAAUUAUUUUUAUAGAAUAAUAGUUAUAUUUAUUUAUUUAUUUAUUGAAUUUGUUAUAGCUGUUCUAUAUUUAUAUAAGUAUUAUUUUAAUUCAAAUAUCUCAAUAAAUAAAAGAAAUUAUCAAAUAAA